AUGUCAGUAAAUGUCACAGAACUGAAGCCACAGGAUAUUGAGAUAACCUGUCUGCGGCCGCAAGAUGGAAGCCCAGAACCAUUCUUGGUCUGCAAUUUCGCUUUACAAAACCAGGAGGAAUACGAACCACACAAUGCUGCCCCAUAUCUGUUAUCAUUAUGGCUUGGGAAUAAUGAGACAAAUCCUGCUCUUCCCUCCGGCUGGACUAGUUAGUUAAUUCAAGUCAAACAAACUUUCGAGAAUCCACGCCCACCCAGUACGCCGUAGCGUCCCGGAUCUCGUUUAUUCUGCAGAAGCAUUCUUUU